AUGAACGAUCUGCAACCCCUUGGCGCUCAAUCCUCCUGCUACUUCACCUUGCCUGCAUCUCACUCGCACUAUUCCGACGAGACACCUCAACUAUCGCCUCACACUGAGUACUGCUCAGUCACGUGGCCCAACCCUACCAAUCCGCUCUUAGCCCAUAGAUCACUACCUAUGGCGAGCCCUGGCGCCGACGCUUCACGCCUUUUGCAAUUGCAGACGCAAGCUGCUCAUCGACCUUGCACACAGCCACUUCAGCCUGCUGGCAGCUCUUCGCCAAGCAACUCCAACUCCAGCAUGUCGUCUCAGCGAAGCAGCGUCUCCAUGUCGUCGCCAAGCGUGCUCUGCUGCUGCCGGUGUCGUCGCGAGUCCUUCGGCCACUCUGGCAUGUUCCAAUACGGCACCAACCUGUACUACUGCAGCCACUGCGCCAGGAUGGUGGGCUACAGUGCUGGUUGA